UGUUCACUAAAUGAAAUUUAUUUCAGGGAAUAAUUGUUAACAGAUUAGCAUAAGCAUGUCAAGAUUGUUGUUUAUCUUUCAACUUUUUUUCUAGCUUUACUGGUCAUUGGCCAGAAGCACUUAUGUUGUAGUAAGGUAACGUCAUCCGUCUGUCUGUGUGUCCGUCCAUGUGUAUGUCCGUAAUCCAUUUUUCCAAACUUUAUUCCUCAUACCAUUUUGACUUUAUAUCCAAACCCAUUGUUUAAUACAAAGGUGCUGGUACACAAUUACACUUCAUGGAUAAGAAAAUACAUAUUUCGGUGUAUAGGUUUUCGAUUUUGACCAGCGGCGUUGCAAGUUCACUAAGAUAGAAUUUUCUGUAAACUUCUUUCAAAACGCCAUUCUUACAAUCCACUAGAACUUUGACUCAAGGAUCUUUUUCAUUUUCUAACAAAGAAGAAAUAUUUUGGGCACAAUCAAAACAUUAGAUAAUCAGAAGUCUCUAACUGAGCCAGUUAGUUUUGCAAGCUCAACUGAAUUCAAUAAAAAAACCACUUGACGUAAAAUGGAUCAUUAUUUCUGUUCAUGACAAAGGCUAAAUUUUUUUUCCCCUAAUUUUGAAACAUUAUUUUUAUCCAAUUAAGACUCAAGUGAAAAUGUCUUAAAAGUUCAUUUACAGUAAUAUUAAAAUAUUUAAUGAGAUUUCAUGAAAAUUGAUGUUUCCUUUUUUUUUUUUUUACAGAUAAAUAUGCAAAACAAAACUGGAAAGAAUCAAUGAAUUGGUGCAAAACAUGGUCUCUGCCUACUUACUUAUAUGGAAAUAUAUCAUUAAUCAACGCCUCCCUUGCAUGCCGAGCGUUGUUUAGAACAAGGGAUGGUUCAUCAUGGCUUGGCAUUGCAAAGGAAGUUUAUAUUGGAUAUGAUACAGGUGUUGUUCUUGACGCCGAACACAGACGGACCUUCCUGCAAUGUCAGAAAUGUAACCACACUGGUUGUGUAUUUGUCGAUUGUUUCAACAAACUGAGUUAUGUUCUCUGCCAAAAGACCUCAUUAGUUGAAACCAUCACUGUUGAUUAUGCUACAAAUGGAAUUUCCGAUCUCACCAUUCCUACAGAUUCAGGAAACCUGAUUACUAUAAUUGCUAUAAUCGUGUCCUUGUUGGUAUUCUUUAUUUUUGAUGGCUGUUUGAUAAUUUUCAUCACCAGAUUUAUCCGCAAGAAGAAAACAGGAAAUGAAGAUAGAAAUGAAGAUAGAGAGAACAAUAUUGAAAAACUAAACAUCAAUGAAAAUUGCUAUGUUAAUGUGAAUGGCGCUCAUGCAAUGGUCGAAAAUUGUUCUGAACAGAGACUUUCAUCAAACAAUUUUAGCAAAGAAGAAAAUUCUGAGCAAAAUUUAGAAAAACCAUAUAGGAAAACCUUUGAUGGCAUCUAUGAUCAUCUCAGGGAUAAGGAAACUAAACAAAACAAUAAAGACGAUGUCUAUGAUCACAGCAAUUUUGCUGCCGAAUCAGAGGACGGGGUGUAUGAUAUUAGUACUAGUGGUGUAUCACAAAAUAAAUCUCAAGAUGAAACUACUUAUGAUCAUGCCGGGUCUUUCUCAGAUUAUGGACAGCAUGGUGGACAAGUCGAGGAGAUGGGGGACACUUACUCCAGACUUCAUAUAAAGUCACAUUAAGAAGAUACGAAUAAGUGUUGUUUUUUUUCGUUAAGAAUUAACCUACGUCAUUUGACGUCAGGGCAUUAACUUUUGACAAAGCAUCACAUGUACUUUUCUUAGAGAUUUGCAUUUGACUUUUACUCUUUUGUGCAAUACAUGCGAUUGUGAUAAAAGCUAAUUAAGAUUUACAUAUGAGCAUUUAAGCACAUGUCAUGAAAAAGAAAUUGGAAAUUUUUGUAGAAUUUAAGAAAGAAAUAAACAUAAUAAUCCUCCAUAUUUGAUUUAUAAAUAAUAAUAAAUUUCUCUCGUUGAUUGAUAAUUCAAAAGAUCAAUAGCAAUAUCUCAUAAGGGGAUUUUUUUCUCUCAAAAAAU